AUGGCAGCGCCCAUUGGAGGCAUGAAAGUUGUUUUUAGUACAAAAGUUGCUGUUUGUUCCAUAACAGCACUUUGUAUUAAUAAUGAGCUAAUAUUAGCUGGUGAAGGUUCAUCUCUGAAUAGCUAUGGUUUGACCACUGGAACUCCCCUUGACUCUCUCAAGGUGUUAAAAGCUGCCAAUAUCUAUGGCAUAAAGCCAGGUAAAAGAUUUCUGUGCGUGUAUGGGCAGAAAUGUAUAGGAAUCGUAGAGUCUGCCUGCGCGGAUGUAAAUUCUAGAUGGAGGAAAGUUGGAAGUGAUUACGAGUUUGAAGACUGGAUUUUGGAUGUGUGUUGGUUAAAUGAUCAGGAGUGUUGUGGGGAACUUGCGGUGGCACUGGCACAUAAUGUUGUCCUUCACUGGGAUUGCUUAUCAGAAACCAUUCUCACACGAGUUUACUGUGAGGAGAACUGCAUCCUGUACUCUGCAAAAUUGGUCGGGCACUGCUGGACAGACUUGGUUGUUGCGGCAGGGACUGUUUAUAAUGAAGUUCUGCUGUGGAAUACUCGAGUCACAGGUGGUGAGCGUAAGAACUCUGUGAUGCAUAGACUUACUGGUCACAAGGGCGUCAUCUUCGACAUUGACGUGAGUGUCGCGACGUCGCGACUGUGCUCUGUGUCGGACGACCGCAGCAUCCGCGUCUACACGUACACCGGCGCCCUCUCGCGCUUACACGACGCUCGCUUCCACCUCCUCGGCGUCUUCUACGGGCACCGGGCGCGCGUGUGGCGCGCGAGACUGCUGCGGCACCACCUGGUGAGCGUCGGCGAGGACGCGGCGUGCGUCGUCUGGGACUACGGCGGCAGGGCGGUGCAGCGCUACGAGGGUCACCGUGGCCGCUGCGUGUGGAGCCUCGCGAUCAACGCCGCGGAGACGGUCAUCGUGACGGGCGGCGGCGACGCGUGCAUCCGUCGCUGGAUCGUCGACGACGCCGCCCCGAGCCGAGUAAAAUUUCUCUCGCUGCCCCCGCAGACAGAGCACUCAGAUUCCACAGCGGGGCUCGAAACUGCGGAUUCCGACGGGGUCACGAACGUGAGGUGUGACAUUGCCAAUCACACGUGGCUAAAUGACAAGUUCUUCCUCAGAGAUGCGAGGAAGGAGGCGGCGGCAGAGGAGGAUACAGAGGCAGGGAGGGAGGCAACAGCAGUGACAGGGAGGACGACAGCGGCAGAGAAGGAUACAGAGGCAGGGAGGGAGCCAACAGCGGAGGCAGGGAGGACACCUGGGACAGAGAAGGAUACAGAGGCAGGGAGGGAGGCAACAGCGGAGACAGGGAGGACAGCAGUGGCAGAGGAGGAUACAGAGGCAGGGAGGACAGUGGCUGCGCAGUCCGGGAAGGAGGCAGCGCCGGAAUCGAGGCGUAAGUCCCGUCGCGUCGAUUUCCCACGCAACGUGGCGUUGUGCGACGCGCGAGGCGUUCUCGUGAUGAUGGACAGCGGAGUGCUGUACUCGCACGACACCGCGAGCGCGACGUGGCGGGUCCUGCUGCGCGGCCGCAACAACUUUGGCGGCUACAGCGUCAUGGCGUCACGGCACCACCUGGUGCUGCUCGGCGACAUCGCCGGAAACAUCUGCCUACAGAGUGCGAUCGACGCCGACGUAGACGUGGCGGACGCGAGCGCUCACGCGGGCAAGGUCCUCGGUUUGACCUGGGCGGGCGACGACACCUUCCUCUCCACGGGACCCGAGGGUGAUUUGGCAUUGUGGCGGGUGUGCGACGCUGGCACGUCUUUGUCCAUGCGGACGCUCCGUCGUUACGUUCUUCCGCGCUGCAGCCAGCGGUGGGUGACCGCGGGGGUUGUGCAGGGCCGCCUGCUCGUGUGUGGGGACCGGGGCGGCACGGUGCACGCUUAUAGAGUGAGUGAGCCAAGCGGUGUCAGCACAGUGGCCGAGGAUACGUCUGAGUGUACAGACUGGAGGCAACCUGUGCAGAGUUUUGCAAGGGUGCAUGGUAAGGCUGGAGUGACGGAUGUACUGAGGUCUGGCAGCGACCUCGUCUUGACUGCUGGCAGGGAUGGGCAGUACCGUCAAUGGAAGAUAGAUGGCAGCAGUAGACUAAAACUGAUGUAUAGCAACAGGGGCUGCAAGGGUCUGGACUGGAUAGAAAAAAUCAUCUUAGCAAAGGAUGACCUCUGGAUUUGUGGAUUCCAUUCAUCGAAUCUAGUUGUCUGGAGCACCACACUGGCUUGUCGUCUGCUGCAAGUGCCAUGCGGUGGCGGCCAUCGUGCAUGGGAUAUCCGUUUCCAUGGUAACGUCGCUACUUUUGCUUACAUCAAAUCAGGGUGUGUCUGCUUUGGGGAGUCACAGCUGCGAACCGACUUUGUCGUGAAGCCAUCGCUGCAUGGUAGAGAGAUCAACAGCCUGUGUCAUCUGUACACGUUAUCCCAUCGGAUGAACGAUGACAAGAUGGCUGCAGGAAGCUCACAAUCUGUGUCAAUCAUCGCGACGGCCAGUGAAGACACAACCAUUAACAUUGCCGCAGUUUGCAGCGAUGCCACUAGUGGCACCAGAGUGCAGGUGCUCUACAGGCUGCAGAAUCACAUAUCGAACGUGCGCACACUGGCAGUGUCGCGUCCUUGCUGCCCCCUGGUGGCAAGCGAAGGCGGACGCGUGAUGUUCUCCGGGGGAGGACGAGCGCAGAUGCUUGCUUGGAGGGUGACCGCAAACGCCGGAAAUGCGGCGAGUGCUGCGCCCUCUGGUGACGAGUCGGCUAUGGUCGGUCUCGGCGAGGUGACGGACACUGCUGCCCUCUGUCAGUACAUGCUGCUUGGUGACAUCAGUCUUAGUGAGAAACGCAAGGCAAACUACAAGCCGUGGAAGGAGGCGACGCCGAGCGUUAACCCAGAAACCCGGUUCAUGUCGUUGUCGGCGGGACAACUGUGCCGGAAUGGGACAAACAAUCACGACCAUGACGUCAUAGUGCGGCACUUCAUCGGUGCAGCUUGCUCGGAUGGGUUAGUGAGGCUAUUUGGGUUUAAUGAAGAAGACAGGGGCUUUCAGUUGCUGGGAUACAGUAAUUUCUAUGGGUGCUGCGUGCUCAGAGUAACACACCUCAGAGUUUUCGAGCGACUGCUACUGGUGACAUCUGCCACUGAUGGCUGCAUUGCGUUCUGGGACGUCGAAAAGGUUGUAGUCAAUUUCAUGGAAGAGAGAUGUGAGAGAGAUGAUGAAGGCACCGAUUCUACAAAAAUGUUUCCUAAACAGAUGGAAGCACCGAUGUUUUGCAUUACAUCAGCACAUCAGUCGGGAGUUAACUCUAUUUGUUUGUCAUCUCUACCUGACGAUAAGCUGCUAGUUGCAUCCGGUGGUGACGACAAUUCCCUGAGGCUCACAGUAUUACAGACUGCUCGGCGCGAUGCCGGUGUAACCAUGGAGAUAAUAUGUACACACGUGGAGGCGUCUGCUCACGCAGCUCAAAUUACAGGUAUAAAAGUCCUUCCAGGUGAUGUGAUUGUCACAGUGUCUAUUGACCAACGACUCACUGUGUGGAAAUUCAAGAUUUUGGACAAUGUGGCCCAGUUAAAGUGGACCUCAUCUACAUUCAUCAACAUUGCUGAUAUAGCAGAGAUGGAGGCAUGGCAAACGCUAGAUGGAGACUGGCUCUUAGGACUGUGUGGAGUAGGGCUGCAGGUUCUGCAAACUCACAACUUGUGACCGAGUUUAUGUAUUAGAAGACUAAUUUCAAA